AAGUCUCUUGCUUCCAAUAACAAAAGGAAAGACAGUCCUUGCAUGUAACUGAGAUGUCAUCAUCAUAGCACACAUAUCGUCCAGUUCUCCAUUUUUUUUCUUUCUUUUUUUAUUUUUUUUUUACACAGAACUGCAAGAGCUGAGCCAUCUGAAAAUGUGUUAAUAACAUGGACAUCCAAAUAGCAAAGACCACUCAAAGUCUCACCACUGCAGCAGAGAUGCGGGAAACCACCAAGAUGCUGAUGAAGCCCAGUGCAAACUGGGAGGACUACCUGACUCCUGCUCCCCUCUCUAUCGCCAUCAUGGGGGAACUCGUCUUCAUCUCCCACUGUGAUGACUUCUCCAUCAACAAGAACCCCCCAGAAGGUGGCUUCAAGUUCAUAAAGUACCCAGAGUCCUUCAGGGCCUGUCUUAUGCAGGUCUGUAACUCAGGCUGGCACGCAUUCAACGAGGCCCACAAGAACAUGGAUCAGAUCCGCAUUCACACAAGCACAGUUCCUGAUUACAUGAAGGCUGCAGUCAACAUUCUUUUCAACGGCACUGAUAAAGUUAUUGAAAAUCUCCUGCCAAAUCAACUGGACAACAUUCGCACCAUUGCAGACGAGUGUGUGACACUAGCAGACAGUGUUGAAAAGAGGUAUGCUGAUGUUAUCAAUUUAAUCCAGGAGCUGUUGGAGGCCUGUAUCAAUGCUGAACACUUUUAUGGAGAAGAGCUGGAAAAGGUUAAGAUGAAACUGGAGGAAAACAAACUGAGGGAGCAGAGUGCAAGACAGCUGAAUGACCGGUCCAAGAAAGCGAUGGAGGACAUGUCAAAGCAGGUGGAAGAAGCACAAAACACCUACAAGAAAGCCAUGGAUUCUCUUCCCUCUGGGUGGGAAAUGAUCGGUAUGGAUUUUGUUGACGGACUCUUAUCAUUGCCAACAACAAUAAUAAAUGGAGUCAUUUCUAUAGCAGCUAGUCCUUUCAAGUUAGUAUCUGAUGCAGUGACAUCACAAAAAAACAAAAGUGAGAAUGCUGGUGAGAAACUGGAUGAGUUCACACAAAUGAAAGCGUACAGCAAGUCUGGAGAGAUUCUAAUGCUUGCAGCAUCUCUCAAACAACAUGUGAGUGGCAGUAAAAUAGACUGGGAGAAACUGUAUGAUCAGAAGAAUAAUAAAAUGAAGACUGCAUGGACUGAGGCUCAAUUCAAAAGGAUCUCUGAGGAACUGCAGAAGAUGCCAAAUGACAACAUGUGUAAGAGAGCUCUGUCAUUCUGUGAAAGAGGCAUCACCAUCUGUGAGGAGCUGGCAACAUAUACUCCAGAUCAGACAUGGGAUGAGAAGAAAACUAAAAACCUGAUAAAGGACAUUCAGGAGUUAAAUGAUGACAGCCUCGCUUUUGACACUAAGAGCAAAGCAGCUUCACAUACUCCAGCUCUUACCCCUAAACCACCGAUGAUGACCAAAGCAGACAACAGCUCAGGAGGAAAGUCUGCCGGUCAGAGAGCAUCACAGAAUGCCCGUUUCCGCAUCGAGCAGAGCCAAGCACAACUCAGUCAAGUGCGACAGUCAUAUGAGAAGAGUGUGGAGAACAUGGAGAAGAAUCAGAAGGAGCUGACUGACAUUCUGGUUGAGAUGCAGAACUGCCAACUCAAAGAGGUCGACUUUAAAACCAAAAUCAAAAUGCUGGUUAAAGGUCUCGAUGCCAUGGGCAGAGUCAAAGAGCAGUGGGAGAAGAUGGUGCGCUUCUUCCAGAUGGUCUCCAACAUCAUCAAAACCAGUCUCAACAAGACACUGCACAAUUUUGUCAAGACAUCUGAUGACACAAAGAAACUUUCUUACAAUGAGAAGCUCUUUGUAAAAGACCUCCUGUACAAACAGGCCUUUGAAGCCUCCAACGUUGCCAGCCUGGUCCACAUGAUCUCAGAGACCUACACUGAAGUGUCCAACAAGUACCUGAUGGACAGAGUGAGCAGCCUGGGUAAGCUCAUGGCCAUGGAUAAGGAGAGACCAGAGUUCCUUCAAGAGCGUCUGAAUCUGCAGGAGUCCUGUGAGGAAGCUCAGAGAGGGAUUCUGCAGCUGGUCCUGGAGAACAAGAAAGAAUUUGAGAGGAAGACUGAUGCCAGGAUGAAGAAAAUAGAGGGUGAACUGAAGGCCAUUCUGCCAGCUGCUCCACCUGAGGAGACGGAGAGAAUCAAAGAGAUCGUUCACGCCAGCUUCAGUAAAGAAGAAGAAGAGAAUUUCAUCUGAUUCAGGUUUAUUAUUUUUCACAUGGGUUAAAAAACAAGACAGUAUGCAGGUAUCUAGAUAAUCACAUUAUAGUUGCAGGCAUCACAACAAGAGUCAGUUGUUGUAGGUCUAGUUUAGCUUGAGACACGACAUGUUUUUUCCUCUUUGUUCUUUACAUAUGCUUAUUCUAAUCAGUGUGUGAUCUGCAUGACAGUGAAUACCUGAGCAGUGAACCAGGGCAACCCUUUUUGAUGAUUAUGUUCAUAUAUUGCAUGUCUUACUUGGGUGAGUGGAAAAAAUAUAUACAGAACAGUAUAAGUGGAGUCCUGAAUGUUUGUGUGUCAACAGAGAUAACCUAGAAAUCAUGUGUCUAAUGUUUAAUCACACCACAUUACCUCUGCACAAUAAAACCAUUCAGACUA